GGAGCGCGAUUUGAGACAAGUGGCGAUGAAGAUGGCGGACCAGACUGUGGUGGUGCUUCGGAGAAACAGGCCGGGGACGAAGGCUGAGGCUGUGUGGCGCUGCCGCCCCAGUGUCCUUGACAUGUGAAUCCCCCAAGCCAUGCCCUACUGGCCUUUGUCAGGUCAGGUCACUCUGGGGUUGAGGUGGCAACAGCAUGGAGAGUACAGCCAACAUCCUGAGUACCAAAAUUUUUAUCGCUGGUGUGAUGAAGCAUACGAAGAGAUGGAUUCAACUCUUGUAGUUCAGCAGUAUAUUCAGCAAACUAUUCGGCUGGAUCACAACAAUAUUGAUACCAUCCUCAAUGCCCCAGAGACUCAGGAUGAGGGUGUGUGGAAGUACGAGCAUCUAAGGCAGUUUUGUAUGGAGCUUAAUGGACUGGCUGUACGCUUGCAAGGAGAGUGCCAACCUUCAACGUGUACUCAGAUGACAGCAACAGAACAGUGGAUUUUUUUGUGUGCUGCCCAUAAAACGCCAAAAGAGUGUCCAGCCAUAGAUUAUACGCGCCACACUUUAGAUGGUGCCGCUUGCCUUCUUAAUUCAAAUAAGUACUUUCCUAGCAGAGUGAGCAUUAAGGAGUCCUCUGUAGCAAAGUUAGGAUCAGUGUGUCGUCGAGUCUACAGAAUAUUCUCACAUGCAUAUUUUCAUCAUAGACAAAUCUUUGAUGAAUUUGAGACGGAGACCACCUUGUGUCGAAGAUUUACUGUGUUUGUAACAAAAUAUAAUUUAAUGUCUAGAGACAACCUCAUCGUUCCCAUUCUAGAGGAUGAAAGUGCUGGGCAUGGGGAAUCGGAAGCCUAAUGGAAAAGCAUGUAUCGUAUUAUAUAGGAUGAUUAGCACAUAGUAAUUGGUAAGCUUCCCUGGAUUAAUAUCAGUCAAUACUGUAGUAUAGAUAAAGAUGAUUUCGAGGUAGAAUUUGUGUUUAUAUAAAUAUUUAAAUUAUCUGUACCAUUUAAUUCAAUACUCAGUCACAUGUGUAGUGUAGAGCCUUUUACUGAUUCUAUCAUUUGUUUACAAGAUGAAAGUGAAACUAGGUAUUGUGAUUUUUAAGGUUUUUGUAUUUUUUGGAAAAAAAAGCAAUUUGUCACAGAUGUUUCAUUAAUAUAUCUUAUAGAAAACAUUAAAUACAUUCCAGGUACACUGCAGUCACAUGUGGAUUAAAAAAUAGUCUUCAUGCUCAGAUGAUUGUUGGGAAGCAGUUAUCACAUCAAACAAUGAUUUCCUACUUACGAUGAUUGAUUCUUGACAUUUUUGUUUGGAUAAUAUCACAUAGUUUAUCUGAUAAAUUUUAGUGUGUUCUUGAUUUGGAUGUAAGAAAAACAUGUAUGUAAGUUUUCAUAAUUAAAUUCCUACGAAAUAUCGUGUAAUAAUUUUAUGGUGUUUUCGAUAGUGAAACCAUAAUUUUAUUUGAUACUUCUUUGUGUGUAUAAUCUUCUGAAUCAUUACUGUUACUGGAUCUCUUAUAUACUCAUACAAACUUUGUGGUGAGUUGAAGAAUGACAGAUUUUUGCAAUAUUGAUUUGAGAAUUAGGUGAGAGAGCCAGUAACUAUAUCAUCUCGUAAACAUAUGCAUGUUCCAUAUUAAAAAGAUAUUUAUUAAGAAAUGGUGUGUACAAUUUGUACUGUAUAUUAAAGGUAUUCUUUUUUUUUAUUUUUAUCUUUUUUCUGAAUGGGUUAUUUUUACCCAGUCAUGAUAAUUCAGAUUGAAGCAUUCAUGCACAAAUGAUGGUUAAUUUUGAAGCAUAUUUAAAUUUUUUGAUUUGCUACACAGGUAUUUUAUAUUUUGAAGUGGCUACACAUAUGUUUCACCACAUGAAAUUUAUAACUGGAUACAAUUCUUUGUAAUGUGUGUUUUUAAGUAAUGGGUUUCUGUAUUGAAUCUCACAAAGUAUGUUUCAGCCCCAAAGUCUUAAUAUAUAUUACCUUAUUUAUUAUGAAGCAGAAAUAUUUAAUUUUGUCCUUGAAUUUAAAGAGUUUAUUAUGACAGAACAAUUUUUGUCAUUUUGGCUUGCAUUGUUGGGCAGAAACCCUAUCUGGGCCCAUACCCACAAAAUUUUUGAAAUGUGUAUUGGGUUUUCUUAAGGUAGUGACAAACCACAUGAUAGGAGGGGAAGCUAAUGUCUUGGUAGUGUUGAGGAAUGUUCAGGAGAGAGAUUUGGCAGUGGAGGCAAAAAUGAGAAUGCUUGAAGGAAUUCUUGUAGCAACUGUUCUGUAUGGUUGUGAGGCAUGGACUCUAAAUGCUGAAAUUGUUACAUCUUAGAACAUCACUGGUCUCAUACAUGCUCAAUAGAUA